CGCAAGGGGAACAGAGCGUACGCUGAAGUGAUAGACUGGUGACCUGCUUGGGGCAUCUCCCUGCCCCCUACCCAAUGCCUUGCCAGGAUAGAGUCCGGCACUCACGACCCUGAAUUGGAUGAAGUGCGUGUAGAUAAAGGAUGGACGGAUGGUGGGAAUGAUACAUCAGGCAUAUAAAUGUGAAAAAUUAAGGUGCCAUGGGUGUAUUAUCAGCGCUGGCAAGAGGUCUUGUCAGAGGAGCAGACCGGACAGCUGAAUUCACUAGCAAGCGUGGUGCAAGGACUCACAACAAAGGAAGAACUGCAAGGCCCCCCGGACUGAGGCUAGCAAGCAGCAAAUUUGUAACUAUACCAGCUAUGAUUCCUGAGUUUGUGGUGCCUAACUUGGAAGGAUUCAAACUCAAACCUUAUGUGUCAUACCGUACACCUGAUGGAACCGACCCGCCCCUCACCGCAGAGAGUCUGUUUGCCGAGGUUGUGGCCCCACAGAUAAAGAAGGACUUUGAAGAAGGCACUUUUGAUAAAAACCAGCUGGAAAAAUAUGGUUUUGAAAAGACACAGGAAGGAAAGCUAUUUAAACUGUACCCCAAAAACUUUGUGCGUUAAAUAAUCACUACCAAGUGUUUUCAGAAGGGUUAGCCAAUCACUGUCCCCUCAGUGGUCAGGACUUUUGCAGACAAUUAAUAUCGGGCUAUAUUUGUUAAAUUACUAAAACCAGUACAGAAAUAAAUAACAAUUGUGUCAGCUACUUUUUGGUUCAUUGUCA